CGGAAAUAGAUUCGACGCUAAAGAGACGCUUGAGAAAAUGAACUCUUGAAUAGCUGUCAAGAUUUACACUUAAAAACAUCUCAACGGCACACAGGCAACCGUGACUACGUUAUCGCAAACUUCGACAUACACAACAAGGUGUGAUAUCUGGGUCAUAGUGAAUCUGUGUAGUGAUGGAGGGUCAGGAUAAUGCAGAACAAGGUAGCAGUGAUCAGUCAGAAACGCAGCGCAGGAGACAGUUGGACCGUCUUGACCGAGAAGAAGCCUUCUACCAGUUUGUCAACAAUCUCAGCGAGGAAGACUACAGGCUCAUGAGAGACAACAAUCUGCUUGGCACCCCCGGUGAAAUAACUGCAGAUGAACUGUUGAGUCGUCUUCGUCAAAUCAAGCAUGGCCCCGAGCCACCCGGCAAUGAAAACACUGAGGAAAGAAGGGAAGAGCCUACUGUGACAGAGUCUGAGGGCACAGAGGAAAACCCCAGUGGGGAGACCCUUCUUGACUGGCUCAACACAGUUCGACAGACGGGUAAUACAACCAGAAGCGGUUACCGGGGUAACCAGUCAUGGAGGGCUGUGAGCCAGACCAAUCCCAACAGUGGAGAUUUCCGCUUCAGUUUGGAAAUCAAUGUCAAUCGAAACCUAGCCGAGCAGCAAACGCAGACAGAGAGAUCGGAAGGCAGCCAGGAAAGACCAGAUGGACCCGUGUCUGAGCAAGAGAUUCUUAUGGAGACAGCAGAGGUGGUUGAAGAGCCAGUGAUGGAAGAGUUAGCUCUGAUAGUCGAGCCAGACUUGUCUCUAAACAGAGAAGUUAGUCCACAAAGCGCACCAAGCCCGACAAGCACAACAAGCGCAACAAGCCCGGCAAGGGCACCAAGCACAACAAGCCCGGCAAGGGCACCAAGCGCAACAAGCCCGGCAAGGGCACCAAGCGCAACAAGCCCGGCAAGGGCACCAAGCGCAACAAGCCCGGCAAGGGCACCAAGCCCAACACCAAGCCCGGCCAGCGCACCAUGCCCGGCCAGCGCACCAUGCCCGGCCAGCGCACCAUGCCCGGCCAGCGCACCAUGCCCGGCCAGCGCACCAUGCCCGGCCAGCGCACCAUGCCCGGCCAGCGCACCAUGCCCGGCCAGCGCACCAUGCCCGGCCAGCGCACCAUGCCCGGCCAGCGCACCAGGCCCGGCCAGCGCACCAGGCCCGGCCAGCGCACCAGGCCCGGCCAGCACACCAAAUCCACCAAGCCCACAAAGUCUACCAUCCUUGGCAUCAGUGGAGCAACCACGUAGAGGUCAAGUAAGGGCUCGCAGCAGAAGCCCAGAGCAACGAAGGACAAGGGCACGUACUGCCAGAGGUCGGUCGCCUCUCAACCUUGAAAGAUUAGAUGGACUUUCUCCCGCUCAGCACGGCCUACCUCCACGCACUUCUGAGAGCCUUCCCGAGCCCCAGGUGGAGGGUAGCUCAAGGACUCGGCAGCUGUUUUUGUCUAGGCAGAGCACGGCGGAAGCGGAAGCUCAAGAAUCGGGAGCUGCCCCCGAGGCACCCCAGGAGAGAGAGACGCCUGCGGGAGAAGCGGGAGCUUCGGGGCGACGUCCACCAACUAUAAUGCUAGAUUUGCAAGUACGUAGAGUACGUCCAGGAGAGUAUCGCCAGCGGGACAGCAUUGCUAACCGCACAAGGUCUCGUUCGCAGACCUCCAACAACACUUUAUUAUACGAGACAGAGCGCGGCGGUUUCCGCAGGACUUUUUCGCGUUCUGAACGAGCCGGAGUGAGAACAUAUGUCAGUACCAUCCGCAUUCCCAUUCGGAGGAUUUCUGACGCUGGACUAGGGGAAGCCACUUCCUUGGCUCUGCAGUCCAUGAUUCGGCAGAUCAUGACUGGCUUCGGUGAGCUCAGCUACUUUAUGGACUCGGACUAUCCUGAAUCCAACCGUGAGGAGUCAGACAGUCCACCGGCAGACAUCGCAGACGCGCUGAGUAACCCUGAUGUGUCUACAGGAACUGCGGAUUCUUUCGUUUCUGGGGCCGGAGGCUCCAACCAGAGUGAUUUAGAGGCACGGACAGAAGAGAGGGAGGUGGAAGGGGGAGUUCCCAGCGCUGCGUCUCCUCGCGAGAGCCGGGCCAGACCUCGGGCUCCUAUUAGCCUGGAUGAGACCGGCUCUCUGCCUUUUCUGCGACUCGCGCACUUCUUCUUACUCAACGAGGAUGACGACGAUCAGCCACGAGGCCUUACCAAAGAGCAGAUCGACAACCUGUCCGUGCGAAACUUUGGGGAGAGUGAUGCGCUUAAAACCUGCAGCGUCUGCAUCACAGAAUACGCCGAAGGCAACAAGUUGCGAAAGUUGCCCUGUUCUCACGAGUAUCACGUGCACUGUAUUGACCGCUGGCUUUCCGAGAACUCCACCUGCCCGAUCUGUCGCCGGGCGGUUCUUGUUUCCGCCAACCGUGAGAGUGUCGUCUAGCCACAAUUGGUUCUGUGGCAAGUUUCCCAUCUCUUUUCCUUAGUGUGUAGUCAUGCAAGGACUUGUAUUCAGACUUUUCCUCACAUCCUAUAUGAAGCCUGAAUCAUUAGGUUUUACCUUAUUUAAUGGGCUUGGCCAAGAAUAAGUUUGUAUGCAAACUACAGAUCAGUGUAUUUCGACCCACCUCACCAUGGAAUAAAUUUUGGUGCGCGACACAACUGAUGUGGGCUGUGCUACAAGUUUUAAAUUCUAACUUCACAUUGUUUUUAGCAUGAUACGAGGGGCAGUGUACAUUAUGGAGGUACCUUUGAUAGGUAAGGUAAACAUAAAGAGAUUCUUUCAUUUUAAGUAGGCAUCCACAUUAGGUUUCAAUAAGUUAAGUUGAUGACACUGCCGCCCAGGUCAGUUCAACAGUCACUUGACAGUUGCCGUUCAGCUUGGGUCUUAAAUAUUUGUGGUUUCAUACAGUGUUGGUUGUGUUUCAAUUAGAAAGUCUGUUUUGCACCAUGAAUGUCCAAACACAGCUGACAGUAGAACAUUUCAAGUAGUGUUCCUGAAUGAAUAUGUCAUCCUCUAGAGAAGAUAUUAUAAUUUGUCAUUUGAGUGUUCUGUAAUGCUGUGGUUUUUAAAACCAUACGGUCAGACACCUCAACGACAAAAAAGGCUGUAAAUAUGCUACGUGGAGGCAUCAGGUCUUCCCAGAUUUGACCAUGAUACAUCAGAUGGCUGAUUCAAACACACCAAGAACCGGUGCAGCGACGUAUAGACAACUUUGUGCAAUGCUAAUAGGGGAGAAAUGUAAAGAACAUGUAGACAUUGUACGUUGUAGUCUGUAAAUAUUAACACUUAAAAUGAAGACUUAAGUUUUUCUAAUGGUUGUGUACAUUGAAAAUAGCACCAUUUAUCUUCGUCAAGGAGGAAGGAUUAUUUUCGCAUCAUGUAAUGGUUACUUUACAUGGGUGCUCUUUAGUCCCAUGAGGGUACAAAAAUGCAGUGUUAUUAUUUAGACAAUAUAUUAAAAUAUCCGAUGUUAUUGUUUCUGUGUUGACUCUGGAGCCUAACCCUGACAUCUUGACAACCACCAGUUAAAUCAGCAUUUCACACAAUGUAAGCAACGCAAACUCUUGUUUAAAUGUACAUUACAAUUCAGUUCAUGUAUUGUAUUAUAAAAGUUUCUCAGCGUCAUAUUUAUAGGUUAUAUCCAGUCAUUUUUUUGACUAGCUUCCAAUUUAAAACGGAAUAAAAUCUGUAUCCUCAUCUGUGUCUCGUCAAAUUUAAAGUUUCAAUGUGAAUACCACCUCCCUGAUAUCACAAUCUUUGCAAUACCUGCUGCUCCUGAGCAAUAUGCUGUGAUCACACGGACGGACGGACGGACGGAUAAAAGUGUGGCUUGAGCUUUAAGGAAUUGAAUGAGUUCUGAAAGGUUUGCUUGUCUUACACCACUGCUUCGAGCACAUCAUGUUGCAGACUUUCUGUAGUCGUCAUGGCUGAGUGAUGACUGCAACUUAAUUAUCAUUCUGUUCUGGUUUAUGCCGUAAUGUUAUUUGUAAAUUACAAUAAAGAUAUGUACAACAGCA